GUGAUGCGGCGCAAGAGCGUCGACAGCGAGUCCGUGAGGCACUGGUCGACCUCCUCCAUGGGCUCGGCGGCCACGGGCUCCCGCUCGCUCGGGCAGGGGCAGCAGCUGCGCACGGUGAAGCCCCCGUCCUCGAAGCCGAGCCGGCUGUCGAACUACGAGGAGCCCGAGGAGGCGAUCGAGAGCGAGGCGGAGCUCCUCGAGCGCUACAUUAUACC